UUCCACAUAUUACAAUAAAGUACACGCCAUAAUAUUAUAAUUAAUGUUCCAUAUCAUCUCCAAAGUCUUCUAUACAACGUGGAGAUCGAUUGAUGUACUAGAAUGCGAGUAAAAUUCCACAACUCCCUCAAUUUUCAUGCCAGCCUUGUUAUUCCAAAUGUCUACUUAACUCAAUUUGAUCCAUCAUAUCUUAACUUCCAAAACUUGGUUAUUUUCGCGUCAAUACUACAUUACCAUAUAAACAUGAAGCAAAAGAUUGUAGUUCAGGUGAAAAUGAGUUGCGGAAAAUGCAGGAAGAAGGCAAUGAAGAUUGCUGCAAGUGCAGAAGGGGUGAUAUCAGUAGCAAUACAGGGGAAAGACAAGGACGAGAUUGUGGUAAUAGGGAUUCGGGUGGAUUCUGCAGGUUUAUGCACCGCAUUAAGGAAGAAAUUAGGGGAUGCUAAUUUGUUGAGUGUACAAGAAAUUAAAGAUCCAACACCUGAAGAAAAAAAGGCUGCAGAAAACAAACCAGCUGCUGCUGAUGAUAAAAAAGUGGAGGAAAAGAAACCUGCAGAAAAAGAUCAGAAGAAAACUGAAGGAGGUGGAGAUCAGAAACAAGCAGACCAGAAGAAGGAAGACAAAGGUGGUGCAGCGAAAUCAGAAGCAAAACCAGCACCACCGGAACCUACAUUUGUUAAUUAUCAUCAUUAUCCUCCAAAUUAUUAUCCACCUCCUAAUUACUGCGGCGCCGCAAAUCCACCUCAAUGUUACUUGUACACUACUCAUUAUGAAGAUCAUCCACAAGGUUGUAUCAUUAUGUGAUUUCAUUUUAUUUGUUAUUCUCUUUAAAUUAUCCAUUAUUGUUUGAUAAACACAACAUAAAAACAGGUAUUAUUCAUCCUGUUAUUUAAGUUUAAUUAGUUUGUCACUUUUAUUAUUUUGAACAAUAAUUUUGUAAUGCAAAUUAUCCAAUAAUGAACCAGUCUCAUGUUGUAAGCUUCUUUGACCAUGUUUCUUGAUAUACUUCCUAUGUUCUUAUUUAUAUGACACAGUGUGGUUUUAGACACUAUUUACACAAACAUUUUUGACUUCCUUUUGUGG